UUUUUUUUUUAGGUGAAGAAGAAGAAGAAAAACAGACUGAACUCACUGCGUGUUUUUUCUCACUCUCUCUCACACACACAAAAAUAAGCAUUUAAUAAAAAUUAAAAUGGAAUCAGAUUAUGGAGUUCCAAGAGAGCUAUCUGAUCUACAAAAAACUCGAUCUCUUUAUCAACCUGAACUUCCUCCUUGCCUUCAGGGAACUACUGUGCGAGUGGAGUUUGGUGAUGCAACUGCUGCCGCAGACCCUUCUGGUGCUAAUGUUAUUGCUCGAUCCUUUCCUCACACUUAUGGUCAACCUUUGGCUCAUUUUUUCAGAGAAAAAUCUCAAACACCUAAUGCUCAAACUAUUAGUGAACAUCCUGCAGUCAGGGUUGGACUUGUUUUCUGUGGUAGACAAUCUCCUGGAGGACAUAAUGUUGUAUGGGGUCUUCAUGAAGCUCUCAAAAUUCACAACCCUAAGAGUGUUUUGCUCGGAUUUCUAGGUGGUUCUGAAGGCUUAUUUGCUCAAAAAACCCUGGAGAUCACAGAUGAUAUUCUUGCGACAUACAAAAAUCAAGGUGGUUAUGAUUUGUUGGGACGAACAAAGGAUCAAAUUAGAACUACAGAACAAGUAAAUUCUGCUAUGGCAGCAUGCAAGGCUUUGAAGCUGGAUGGUCUGGUGAUUGUUGGAGGGGUUACAUCUAACACCGAUGCUGCUCAGCUUGCCGAGACAUUUGCAGAAGCAAAAUGCUCUACAAAGGUGGUUGGAGUACCUGUUACCUUGAAUGGAGAUCUUAAGAACCAGUUUGUUGAAGCAAAUGUUGGUUUUGAUACUAUAUGCAAGGUUAACUCUCAACUUAUCAGUAAUGUCUGCACAGAUGCUCUUUCAGCCGAAAAGUACUACUAUUUUAUCCGGCUCAUGGGUAGGAAAGCAUCUCAUGUUGCUGUCGAGUGCACUCUGCAGUCACAUCCUAACAUGGUUAUUCUUGCUGAAGAAGUUGCUGCUUCAAAGCUUACUCUCUUUGACAUAACAAAGCAGAUUUGUGAUGCAGUUCAAGCCAGGGCAGAGCAAGACAAGAAUCAUGGUGUCAUUUUACUUCCAGAAGGGCUUAUAGAAAGCAUCCCUGAAGUUUUUGCACUAUUGCAGGAAAUUCAUAGUCUUCUCCGACAAGGUGUGUCCUCUGAUAGUAUUUCAACAAAACUGUCACCUUGGGCAUCUGCCUUGUUUGAAUUCAUGCCUCCCUUUAUUAGAAAACAGCUUCUCCUCCAUCCUGAGUCGGAUGACUCGGCCCAGUUGUCUCAGAUUGAGACGGAGAAGCUUCUUGCUGAACUUGUGGAAGCAGAAAUUAAUAAGAGACUGAAAGAAGGUACAUACAAGGGGAAGAAAUUUAAUGCGAUCUGCCACUUUUUCGGCUACCAAGCUCGGGGUUCUCUGCCAUCAAAGUUUGAUUGUGACUAUGCCUACGUUCUUGGUCAUUGCUGCUACCAUAUUCUGGCGGCUGGUUUGAAUGGUUAUAUGGCAACUAUCACUAACCUCAAGAGUCCUUCAAUCAAAUGGCGUUGUGGUGCUGCUCCAAUAACAGCUAUGAUGACUGUAAAGCAUUAUGGUCGCGGUUCAGGGUCAGGAGCUACCACCCUUGGGAAACCGGUUGUCCAUCCUGCUACUGUGGAUUUACGAGGCAAAGUAUACGAGCUGCUUAGACAAAAUGCAACAAGAUUCUUGAUGGAGGAUAUUUACAGAAACCCUGGACCUCUUCAGUUUGAAGGUCCAGGUGCCGAUUCUAAAGCCGUUAGCUUGUGUGUGGAGGAUCUGGAUUACAUGGGUCGUAUCAAGGAAUUGAACGACUAUCUUGAAAAGGUAAGAACAAUUGUGAAACCGGGCUGUUCUCAGGACGUUCUGAAAGCUGCAUUGAGUGCCAUGUCUUCUGUGACAGAUAUUUUAUCUGUCAUGACCUCACAACGCUCGGAGUAGACCACCACUCGGCUGCUGAUAUUCAACAUUGAGUUUUUAUGGUGCUUCCCCAACUCACACUACUUGGUCCUACAGGAUUUCCUUUUAUUAUUUUGUGAUGAGAUACUUUUCUCUUUUUUGAAGGCAAACACAUAGAUUUCAGCUAUCUGAUAUUUACUUUGUUUACUUUAGUUUUGGGGUAUUGUUUGUUGAAGGUUUCUAAUGAGAAAUAAUGGUUGACAAUUUUGUCAAA